AUGAAAUUUAAAAGUAUCGACAAUAGGUUUGGCGAAGAAUAUAGUUGUUUCAAAGACAGUACAAGCAAUGUAAACCGAAUCUUAGCUCCACCGAAACUCGGCGAGAAUGAGGUGAUCGAGAUUGUAAAGGGAAAAUCGGCAACACUUUCUUGCGAGGAUUCUGGAGCGCCGAAUACUGAUCUCAAGUCGACAAUUUCAUGGAGUAUGCUUGGAUCUCCCCUCCCAUCAAACGUUCAAAUGCCAGCCGAAUCUCGAAAAGCUUUUGUGAUGGAGGUGAAUGAGCAAAAUGGGGGCACAUAUAUGUGCACUGUGGUCAACAAUGCGGGCACAUCACAGAAAAGCUUUCAGCUCAUCGUUUUGGAACCACCACAGUUCGUCGAGAAGCAAUUCGACCAGAAUGUGCAAGUCGUUCGGGACACUCAAAUGAGUCUGAAAUGUCUUGUAACUGGCCAACCACACCCCACCAUCACAUGGAGAAGAGACGGAGAGCCGAUCGCUCUCGACAGUGGAGUCAUCUUUUCAGACUCUUUCCAACGAAUUCUUCUUGAUUAUGAAAAGAUUCACAAAGGAGAUAAAGGACAAAGUCGUUACACUUGUCAUGCAUCGAAUCAAGCGGGAAUUGUGACCAGAGAUUUCUUCGUUACGACAGUCGCCCCACCAGAGAUCAAAGAUACUGACACGAAGACGAUUGUCGAGGUUCAAGAAGGGCACACAGCUACUCUUAAUUGCAAUGUUUCUGGAGAUGAUGUGGAUAUUCAAUGGAGGAAACAAGGAAGAAAUAUUCUGGAUAAUGAGGCCACUUUGUCGGAGGAUCGAUCUCGUUUGAUCAUCAUUGAUGCACAAAAGGAGCACGAGGAUGUGUACACUUGUACAGCAAAGAAUCAAGCUGGACAAGUGUCACGGGAUUUCGAGCUUGUCGUUUUAUCUCCACCGCGAGUCCGUGGUCCAUUGGUUGAAACGCUUGAAGUGGUUGAGGGUGAUGAUCUCACGUUGCAAUGUCAAUUUGAUGGAAAUCCCCCGCCAACAGUUUCUUGGACAAAAGACGGGAAAACUGUUCCAUCAGCUGCACAGUUAUUAAAUGAAAACGCAACUCUUGCCAUCAACAAAGCUGAAGCCGGUCAUGCUGGAGAGUUCAAAUGCGCAAUUAGGAACAAAGCCGGAGCUGCUGAGAAAACUUUUAAAGUUCAUGUGAUUGGGAAACCGGAAGUCGAUGGUUUAAUGGAUAAAGUUGAAGAAGUCGAGGUGAUCAUUGGUCGUCCAUUCACAUUCGCUUGUCCGGUGAGAGGCGGUGAUGUGGGAGUGGAGAGAAGUUGGACAAGACAUGCAUUGCCGGUUGUGAAUGGGGAGAAUAAUCUGCAAGUGAUGGCUGAUGGUGCUCAUCUUCAUUUAUCAGCUGCUAUGAAAGAAGAUGAGGGUACUUUCACAUGUAUUGCGAGGAAUAAAGCCGGAGAAUCACAGAAGAGCUACAAGUUGAAAGUUUUGGUCCCACCAACGAUCACGAAUAAAGGAGGAGAGUACAGUGUGAUCGAGAACAAUUCUUUGGUUCUCCCUUGUGAAGUCGAAGGAGAACCAAAUCCGAAAAUCGAAUGGAGAAAAGAUGGGCAUCCAAUCAAUACACUUGGCAAUACUUUCGGAAUUCUUAACGAUGGCCAACAAUUCAAGAUCAAUCGAGCUACUCCAAAACAUAAAGGCUCUUAUGCUUGCCACGCAUCGAACAAAGUCGGUUCAGCGGAGAUCAACUUUGAUGUAGAUGUAAUCACCAAACCCACAGUCGCAUCCGGAUUCAAAGAUCAAGUGGAGGUGGUCGAGGGAGAGACGGCACUCUUCAGAUGUCCCAUUGAAGCGAAUAACAAAGGGCAGAUCACAUGGCUCAAAGACUAUCAACCAAUCAAAAUCGAUGGCACCAAGUAUACGACUUCACAAGACAAUCGACGGCUUCAUUUGCACAACUCAACAGUGAAAGAUGAGUCUGGCUACUCAUGUCGAAUCAAGAAUGAUGCCGGUGAGACGAGAGCCGAUUAUAAACUUGUCGUUUUUGUGCCUCCAAAGAUCGUAAUGCUUGACAAGGAUAAAAACAGAACAGUGAUUGAAAACAAAACGGUAACACUCUCUUGUCCGGCUACAGGGAAACCCGAGCCAUCGAUUACUUGGUUUAAAGAUGGAGAGAGGCUUGACGUCAAGAACAUUAGUACAAUUGUUGCUACAGCGCAGCUAAUCAAGAAUGAGAUCAAGAUCACGAGAGUUAAUGCAAAAGACUCUGGUCGAUUCACUUGCGAGGCGAAAAACGUGGCUGGAGUCGACGAGCAAGACGUGGUUUUGUCAGUGAUGACUCCACCGAAAAUUGAACGAGAAGGAAUCCCGUCAGAUAUUGAAGAAGUAGCUGAUCGAACAGUGACCAUCUCUUGCCCAGUUUAUGGAAAACCCACUCCAACCGUCACUUGGCUCAAGAAUGGUCGUCCACUCAGCGAUCAACAGAAGAUCAAAACUUCAGCAAAUGGGCAAAAGCUUUAUUUCUUGAAAUUGGCGAAAGAUGAAGCUGAUAGAUACACUUGUAUUGCCAAGAAUCCAGCUGGGGAGGACAAGCGGGACUUUAAUGUGAAACUUCUGGAGGCUCCUUCAUUUGAUGGCCCAAAUCUCGUGCGACGAGUUCAAACAAACGAAGGUCGACCGAGCAUUUUAACCUGUCCAUCUAGUGGAUCUCCACCACCAACUAUCACCUGGCUCAAAGAUGGUGUCACAUUGGCAGCCGGUCCUCGUCACGUUUUUCUGGAUAAUGGACGACAAUUGCAGAUCAGCAACACGCAAGUGGAGGACCGUGCUCGAUAUACGUGCAUUGCGACGAAUAGUGUUGGAUCGGAUGACCUUGAGACGAGUCUCGAUGUAGUUAGCAUACCAAAGAUCUCCGGUGAAGCGCAUCAAAUAUUGGAAGUGGUGGAAAAUGAUCGACAAGAUCUUCAUUGUGAUGUAAAUGAAACCGAUUCGGGUGUAGAGAUCGAAUGGCAGAAGGCCGGGCAAACGAUUGGGCCAGAGCAAUUGCGAGAGAAUACCUUCUUACAGCUUCCCUCCUCGGGCCGCCGUCUUCACAUUUUAUCCGCUCGAGUCACCGAUGCAGGUCGAUACACUUGUGUGGUCAGAAAUCCGGCUGGUGAAGCUCGAAAGACAUUUGAGCUCAAAGUAUACGUACCCGCUUCGAUCAACGAGGCGAAUUCUUCUCCUGACAUGCAAACGAUUGUUCCUGGUAAACCGAUUACUAUCGAAUGCGAUGUUGAGGGAAAUCCACCACCACAGGUUGAAUGGUAUCACAAUGAGAAAAAACUGAAGUCCGCCGCGGGGGUCAGACUGAGCAAUAACAAUGAGACGUUGACAAUACAAGAGGCGACACUCACAUCGGGUGGUCGUUACACUUGCCGAGCCUCGAAUCGAGCUGGCAAUGCGAGCAAGGACUUUGUGAUCAAAAUGACUGGUCCCCCAGUUUUCGAUCAAGGAAUUGAAAGACUUGAUGUCGCUGCUGAGGAUUCAAUUGCUUUAACUUGUAUUGUUUCAUCUGGUGGCGGAAAUCUCACUGUGAAAUGGAUUGUCAAUGGGAAACCCGUAGAAAAUGGAGAGCUCAGUAGCACUGUUCAGAUCGACGAUCGAACAGUCAAGAUCACAAAGGCUCGUUUGAGUGAUGUGGGGCAGUAUGUGUGUGUGGCCACAAAUGAGGGUGGAGAGGCCAGAAAGACUUUCGAAUUGUCUGUCCUGGAAGCGCCUCGCUUUCUCGAUAUGACGAAUCGACACCCGGCAAUUGUUGUGGGAAGACCGUUGACGUUGGAUUGUUCAACCACUGGCACACCUAAGCCAACGAUUUUAUGGCUAAAAGUGGGUUUAUUUACUGAUCGAUCAGUUCAUCAAGUGGUU